UGAUUUUUUCCUCCCCAUAAUUAUUUAAAAUACAUGUUAGCAAACAGUAGUGUUAGUAGUUAACCACAUCUAUAUGAAUUUGUCUGUCAUGUUCCUUUAGUCAUUGGAACACAAUAGAAUAUAUGCUCACUCCAUCUUAUCUCAUACCAAUGGGAGAUAAUGUUUACAUAGCGAUUACAGAGUUACAGUGCUACUUAGUAAAGCCCCCCCCCUUCCAUGCUGACCCUUUUAAGUGUUAUCGUCUGGCAUAUACUCUGGAAUGAUACACGUGUUGUCUUAACACUAAGGAUAGUCCCAGCUGGCUAAGUUCAGCAGAGACUCAAGGCAGAUGUUAUGAAAGGAGUAUUUUGGCAGCGUUCUGUUCUAUAUGCCGGUAUAGUGAAAAAAAAACCAAAUUGUCCACGUCUCUCCUCCUCAGUUCCUCGUGAUUGUAAUCAAGUUUGUGAGUUUCCGUUGGGCCUUCAGCGACAGUAGCCACUGGUGACAGGGACCAUCUUCCCACUAUAUGUUGUACAAAAGACUCAAAGACUUUGAUAUUGACCAUUUUAUUAUCAAUUUGGAAACAAUAUUUUACAAAAUUUUGAAAACAAAGUAAAGCAAAAGAAGAUGUCGACUGUUCAUUGUAAAGCAAGUUACUGGACACAGAAUUGUUCUGUGAUCAGAGCAUGAAGAUGGACACAAGAACUUACAUGUAGUUUUUAGUUCUGCUGCAGCAUAUAGAAAUGUACAAAUAUCUUCACGAACCUUUGUUUAGACUCGGUAAAUAGCUUAUGAAAACCCCAGUCUUAAUCGAAUAAUUACAAAAAUGCCUCUUGGAUAAUUACCUGUUAGUAGAAAGUAAUUUAUAUGUAUACAAGUUUCUAAAAAUAUGGAAAUGGAACUAACCAUUCUCGUUAAUGAUGACAGAAUAAUGAGUAAGCUGGUAUGCGUUGUUUAUUUGCAUAUUACUGUUGGGAUAUUUUAAUGGGGAGGCAGAUAAAGCAGCCACCACACAAGGCGUAGACAUCAUAACCCACUGAUGUGUGUCCCCCUCCCCCAGGACUUCAGUCACUAUGACUCACCCUGUCUGGGUGAAUGGUACAGCCCAAAUUCUACCCACAGAUGAUUGCCAGCUGAGUGGCCAAGCAGUCAAUGCCUCACCCCUCCCUGACCUGGCAUUCGAUUGGUGGCUGGCGGUGGCAACUGUAAUCCCACAGGUAUUGUGUCUGGCCAAUCAAGGGGAUUCUCUUACGCACUGUCGGCUGGCCUGGUGGGCGUAUGCAGAUCUAGCUGUUUGCUGAGCUGAAUCAGGCAGCCUGUGCUUUUGAGAAAAUUAACCGUCUGUGUAUCACGCACUGGAUAUACAGGUACAUGUAGGAGUGGAAAAGCCGGCUGUGUACAUGUACAGUGCUAAGGGCACAUUAAGCUAAAUCUCCGGCAUGUUGUGACGGCAGCGAUGGACCAUUGGUUCAGCGAAAGGCGUACAUCCUUUUCAAAAGAAAGGGUGAAAAAAAGGUGAUUCAACGGCAAUGACAUCGUAGCCAUCCCUGUCUGUUGAAGCCUGGAGGAGAUAUUGAAUUCAAACAGGAAAUAUUUGACAUAGUCCUGCUGGUUUGCAGGCCCUGCGAGGCUUGACAUAUGAAUGGUGUGCCAGCACAGCUUGUCUGGAUCAUCCCCCUGGUUGUCGUCAUUCUCUCUCGCUCUUCGUCAAAUUCUUCCCCUGUCAGUUGGAGGAGUUCAGGCUCACCUUUUUUGGAAGCGCCGGCUCGUUUGUGAACUCUGGCGGUGAAUGUCAACGGGAGCGAGGUGCAUUGUUUGCCCUCGUUUGUCAACAGAAACAGACUGGCAACGUGACUCCACAUUUUAGCGUCGGUUUGUGUACAGUGUAUGUAUCGAGCCUUUGACUUAUAUGACAUAUUCAAUAUUGCGGACAAGUGUAUAUGUAGUAUGGGUGUAGAAAUCCCUGGAUACUGUUAAGAGUUCAGAAAACUGAUUUCCUGUUCCAAUUGUCAGACAUGAUUUUCUCCUGUACUUCUCUCUAGCCUCGCCAGUCUUUGGAAUUUUACAAUAUCUGAUGAGCUGUGAGGUUGUUCAGCAGAACUGUGCUUUUUUUGAGUGUUAACCAUCACGAUGAAAUGGGAAUCGUGUGAUUUGCGGACAGGUGCGCCCAACUUGCUGUUGAAAAUCCUGGCUUGGUUCGUUUUCAAACCCAGUUUGUAAAUCGGUCAUAGAAUCUUCCCUUGGGAAUCUGCUGGUGCAAUCUUCAGCUUUGCCCGUAAGGGCCAUAACUCUGGAGUUGAUCUCAGCGCAAGCGGAAUGCGCCCACGGAUUAAAGCAACCGCGGUAAGGAUCUUAAACCCUCUCCUGCUGCAAAAAGAAAGAUGACAGCAGCUUUAACUGCAACACCGCCUCUGACUUCAGCCGGUAGGACAAACUUUUGGCCAACGUUAUAUGUACCUCGUUGCUCCAAAAAUGCUGAACCCUGACCACGUUAAGCUUGGGCUUCUGUUACAACAGCAUUAUUUCUGUUAGGUGCAUCUUUCCAUUAGUUUGUGGAUAUCAACCCUGUGAAGCAAAAAGAGGGAAAUCGAAGCUGAGACAACAACGGGCUCACGGCAGGAAGCGUUGGGAUUUGAUUUAUUAGGGGAUUCUUGUCGUGGAUUUUUUUCUUCUGAGAGGAGGUCAACAUAAGUGUUGGUUUCGCCCAUGGUUCAGCAAGGCCUUGGAGGCACCGGUUCAGGCAUGCUGUCGCGAGACUCGUCCGCCUCCUGGCGGAAGAGCGAGGGCUCCCCGUACUUGCCAGUCAACCCUCUCGCCGUGGCCAGUCGCAGGAGGGUCAACGGAAGACGCCCAACCGCCAAGCGCUACACCCUGACCACAGCCAACGGUUACCACGACGAUGACCUCGGUGGGGAGGUCCCCCACCGCCGCCACCACCUAGAGCCGCCGGACAUGGCUGCGGCCGGCCCCGGCUCGCUGACCAAUCACGUGACCCGCUCAUCCCGCCCGCAGCCGGGCAGCUUCGAGGAGCAGAGUUACGUCGCCAGUCAGAAGGAAGAAAUGGCGGCCAUGCAGAGCCGCAUCCCGCAGACGUUCCGCGACGCCAGCACCGCCCCGCUGCGGAAGCUGAGCGUGGACCUUAUCAAGACGUACAAGCAUAUCAAUGAGGUUUAUUAUGCCAAGAAGAAGCGUCGAGCUCUGCCAACUCAGGGCGACGACACGAGCCACAAGAAGGAGAAGCGGCUGUACAACGACGGAUACGACGAUGACAACUACGACUACAUCAUCCGCAACGGAGAGAAGUGGGAGGACCGAUACGAAAUCGAUUCCCUGAUCGGGAAGGGGUCCUUCGGCCAGGUUGCCAAGGCGUAUGACCACCAGGAACAGGAGUAUGUCGCCAUCAAGAUCAUCAAGAACAAGAAACCGUUCCUCAAUCAAGCCCAGAUAGAGGUCCGCCUCCUAGAACUCAUGAAUAAACAUGACACAGAUUGCAAGUACUAUAUUGUCAAACUUAAGCGUCACUUCAUGUUCCGUAACCACCUCUGUCUAGUCUUCGAGCUCCUGUCCUACAACCUGUACGACCUCCUUCGCAACACUAACUUCCGUGGCGUCUCACUCAACCUGACGCGUAAGUUUGCACAGCAGAUGUGCACGGCGCUGCUGUUCCUGGCCACGCCCGAGCUCAACAUCAUCCACUGCGACUUGAAGCCGGAAAACAUCCUGCUCUGUAACCCCAAGCGAAGUGCAAUCAAGAUCGUCGACUUUGGCAGCUCCUGCCAGCUGGGUCAAAGGAUAUACCAGUACAUCCAGAGUCGGUUCUACAGGUCCCCCGAGGUUCUGCUAGGCAUACCCUACGACAUGGCAAUCGACAUGUGGAGUCUGGGGUGCAUACUUGUCGAGAUGCACACGGGGGAGCCAUUAUUCAGCGGCUCCAAUGAGGUGGAUCAGAUGAAUAAGAUUAUUGAGGUGCUGGGGAUGCCCCUUCCACAUAUCAUCGACCAGGCGCCCAAGGCUCACAAGUACUUCAUCAAAUCCGACAAAGUCUGGGUGCUCAAGAAGACGAGAGACGGCAAAAAGUACAAGUCACCAGGGUCAAGAAAACUCCACGACAUUUUAGGGGUGGAGUCUGGGGGUCCAGGUGGGAGGAGGGCAGGGGAACUAGGCCAUUCGGUAUCCGAUUACCUCAAGUUCAAGGACCUUAUACUUAGAAUGCUUGAGUACGACCCUGCGGCUCGAAUCAAGCCUUACAACGCUCUCCAGCACUCGUUCUUCAAGCGCACGGCCGACGAGAGCACAAACACUAGCAACACCCCCUCCACCAGUCCAGCCAUGGACCAAUCUGCCACGCCCCCUACGGGGGAUGCCUCUUCCGGCUCUAGCUCAGGGGGAGUAACAGGAGGGAGUCGGGGGUCAGGCUCGGGGUCUGGAGGUCGAGCACGCUCAGAUCCAUCCCAGACAAACACGGCAGGUUCCCAUCAGGGUGGUUCCCAUCAUGCUUUGCAGCACGCUGCCGCUGGUAGUGGCUCCAUGGACUAUGAACCCUCGGCAACUCAUGGCACAGCUGCAGCCAGCUCACAGACCUGGGCUGCCGGCGACGGGAACGCCUUCGGCGCCCGGCCCAACAACAGUGCACACGGACACUUUCACGGGGGAUACCACUCGCACGGCCACUCUCGGAAGCACCAUCCGCACCAUGCUUCACCAUCAGGUCCGAGCGGCGCUGUCACGCAACCCAAUGCCAUCUCUGUCCCCCAGGCAUCGCAGAACCCUGUCACGAACUUGUCUUCCGGUGCGCCCCAGCACGCUCACUACAAUGCCGUGGACGCGACACCGGGACCCGGCUACGUGUACCACGGACAGUUAGACUGUACCCAGAGUGGAUCCUUGAAUAUGCAAUUAGCCGGUUACGGAGGUAACACCCACUCAUUACUAGGGAGCCACGCCCACCCUACCUCGGGCAGUAACCCCCAUAUACAUGGACAGAGUGCAACAAACGCUAAUAUAAAUUAUGCAGCCGCUGUUGGGACAGCACCCUAUGGGUACUCAAUAACAGGGCAAGCCCCUGUCAAUCCAGUUCUAGUGACAACGCAACAGACUUCAUUGCAAGGUGACGAGUCUCCGAUGAUGGGCGUUGUACAACAAAGCCCAGUAGUCAGUCACUAACCUUUGUUGAUAUCCGUAGAUGAACUUAUUUUAGCUAGCAAACAAUGUAGAUAAUUUUUUUUUUAAAUUGCACAGUUGGUUUUUUUUUUAAGAGGUCCCUCGUGGGCCGCCGUGUUGUCACAGCAGAUCCACCCCCUCAUGAGGAAUGUAGUGGCCCAUUGUAACACUCAACAAUGUACUCAGCAUACUCUUGCAUUAACUUGAAGGGGGGAGGACAUGAUUGUUAAACACGGAAAAAUGGCCCCUACCUACGUGUACCUGCGCAAUGAAUGUGAUAGCCACAGUGAUUCUGUGUAGUGUUCUCCCCUGGUCUCCACCACUUACCAAAAAGGGGUGUUCAGCCUUCAGCAAAGUUGCUAAGCUCCCAACCCUUCAGAUCCCUUCGUGAUAAAUGUGUAAUUCCCUGUGGAACUGCUACACAGAGACGUUUGCUCGGAAUUCUUAUGCACCCAGUUGAUGCACUUGUUCCAUCGUUGUUGUCAUCUUUCAACUGUGGAGCAGCCCAACUUAACUCUCCUCAUUCUGCAUCCAUCUAGAGUGUCGCAAAAACAGAAAUAGUUGCACCUCUGUUGUUGUGACUUAUCACCCCCAACUCCUGGUGCCAUUUUGAGAUUCACACAGAGAGCAAAGGAUCAUUUCCGGUUGCCUCACGUCUGUUAGAUUGGCCAUCCAACUCUCAGCAGGACUAGAAGAGAGCAGCCAUACAAAGUCCGCAAUCAUGCACUCACUGCACUGGUUUGUGCAUGUACAGAUAGCAAGCAAGUGCAAGUAGUUUUCGUCAGAAUGUGCACAGUCUCCUUGUGUCAUUGUGCGAGCGCUGGGCUUAAGACUGCCAACAGUGGUCAAGUGUUUGUCACGUCUCUUUGUCAAUCUUUAACAAGGUACUUGCUAAUGGUGUCUAUAAUGUAUAAAGGCAGUCAGAGCGCGCCUGUCCGUAUCUAAAACCAACAGUCUAUUCACAAAACGAAAUGGGUUUACAUAUGCAUCGUAUAUCACUUGGCAACAAACAGCUGUUGACAACAGAAAAUCUCUUUUCGAUUUUUACGAAUACAGUACAGUGAAAUUGAACGUUAAACUUGGGAAAACGACUAAGAAAAGAAGGAAAAAGAAUUCGCAAUCUCGAAUGAAUUUCGCAUUUUUAAUGCCACUUUUCCCCUCUGCAAAUUUGCAGUAAAGCUUGUGUGAAAAUGUGCGAAAAUGGUGCAAAAAUGGUGCGAAAAAAUUGAAAAAAUGGUGCGAAAAAUGUGCGAAAAUGGCAUGGUGCAAAAAAUUUGCGAAUGCCGGGCAAAUCUGUGCGGAAAAAAAUGCAAAAGCUGUAUGAAAGUAAAGUGAACACAAUGUGAAAAAGGUGUGAAAAUGUCGUUCUGAAAACGUUCUGAAAUUCCCGACGAUGCCAACGUCGGAGGCAUGGAGCAAACACACUCUCUCAAUGGAUGUGAGUUGUUGUUUACUGGGCCUGCAUUUUAUGUGUGUGGGGACUGAAAUGGGCCACUGUGCAUGCGUUGUGCGUAUGGAUCGGUUUUGAGUACAAACACGUGGUCGUCUUACUCCCCGUAGACGCGAUGCAGUAAAUUAUUUCUAGCCCCAGGGACCACACUAUUUUUUAAUCAAUUUUAGCACAAAUGGAUAGGGUUUGAGUUGCCUGAACGCUUCAUUGAAAAUUCCGGGAAAGGAGAUGAAGUUUCUGGACAUUUGAUCAGCUAAAAACGGGCAUUUUUUAUGUGGAAGUUUAGAGGCUUUCUGGCAGAUCUACAAGAAACUAGGUAUUUUUUAAAAAGAAAGGGUCGGAAACACCUUAGAAAGAUGAGGUUUACAUCACCAAUGGGGACGCAUCCGAGCGAUAAGUGCACAGUGAUUUUCAGAAUGGUGGUAGCCAAGUGUACGCGCACAGCGGCCGGUCAACAUGGUGUCCGCACUUGAUAGCCUCCCAUGUGCCACUGUACAUAGGUGGAUACAGACUGCCUUCUGAGAUUUUGUCUUUGGUAUUCACUGCUUUUAUUUCUGCUUUUCCAAGAUAAAUACCAAGUAUUAUGAUAUUUGGUGGCUGUUUUGUUCCUGUCGAUUCCCACAGAACAAAAUUGUACAUUCAAAGACCAAUAAAGUUUGGUGGGGGGAUGUUUUUGACGACUGUUCAGCUACAUGUACUUGUAAACUUCACACUUAAAAAUUGAUUUUGUUUUUUUCUGGGUUAAUUUCCUUCUCAGUUGUCAAACAGGUGUUAACAUUUUCCCACUUGUGAAAAGUUUUCACACUUGUGAAAAACAGGCAUGAAAGCAUGAAAAUUUUCCCACUGUGUAAAGAAGGUGAGAAAAUUUUUCCCACUGAGGGGAAAGUUUUUAAUAAUUUGCUAAAAGAAUAUUCAAUUUCUCGAAUGAAAAACUGUGUGAAAUUUUCCCCACUUUUGAGGUUUAACUUUCAAUUGCACUGUACUGUACACCACAGUCAUUUGUUGCAACUUGGCAUUCUCCGAAGUCUUUGGAUAAUAUCUCCCUUGAUCCCAGCCGUCAGAUUCCUUAAUAGCCAGCAAGUGUACUAAGUUUCUGUUGAGGCCCCACUGUGUUUUCUUGUAACCCUUAUCGCCACCCUUGUUUGAUAAAUAACCCGAGCAAUUGUUGGUAAAUCACCACAGUUUGAAAAUCAGUGUUGCCAAAAUCUAUAACCGUACCUACUCAGCUUCCAACAUCUGAAUGUCUCGUCCUACCCAUGACGUGUUAUAAAUAUGUUUAUUCAUCAAAUUGGAACUGUGUGACUGAAUGGACGUUAAGAAAUAAUGCUGCACACGUACCUGUUGAAGGACAGUGCAUGCGUGUUUAGAGCCAUUGUCAACUAGUUUUAUCUCAUGCUGCCAUAGUGACGAAGCCACGCCCACCUCUUGAGCACAGUAGGCUAGCUGUGAAUAGAUUUUGAAAGACAAAGUUGGCAAAUGUUUGCAAACAUUUUUGAAAAGGGGAAUCAUCAUCCAAUUGGAGUUUCUGUUGCUGCAGUACAGGCACUGUAAGCAGCCACAAGCUUACAUUGUAGCCAACUUGUGAUUGGACAUUGCCAGCAGACAUUUGUGUGAUGAUUGGCCACUGUGUGCCAAUCACCUGCACUACUUACCAAUCAGAGAGUCUCUAAGAAAUGUACAUUUCCAUCAACUCCCAGGUGUCUGUUUUUGGAGUGAAAAUCAGGUUGACUGUUGAGAUUUCUCUUCCCGUUAUUCAGCAUUCAUGUUUCCUUUGCACGUCGAGAUUUGUUUCUUUUCUGAAAUGGUUAUUAUUUGUUAUUGUUAUGUCGAACAUGCACUCGUUUCACCUCCUUUCAAUUUAAACUGAAAUGUGAGUUACUGAACAUCUUUACGCUCCUUUGCUGGUCCCAACCGCCGUUUCAGGGCGCUGGAACGGACAAAUACCCUCACAAAAGUUUGGAGAGGAACUGUACAGGGGUCACAAAACUUUCUUGGUAAUACAGUACGAUUACUUGGAAAUUAGCUCAUCCCAGGGCCUCGUCAGUGCGGUCCAGAUGAGCAAAUGGCUUACAUUGGCCGACUUUUUUGACCAAGUCAAUGGAGCAGGGAAUAAAGUUCAAAGUCACACAUGCCCUCCUAAAACUACCAAGCAGACAGAAGGAGGGUCACUUUUGCACAUCCCUGCACUUCAGCGGGAGACCUGGUGUCAAAAUCAAAACAUAAACAAAUAACAAAACCUUUCCUGACUGUGGUCAACAACUGUUUGUUCCAUAUAACAACGAUGCGGGAUAUGACCCGACCACUGUGGACCUUAGAUUACGCACACGAAAUUUAGUGGAUGUCAAAGUCCGGGUGGUGUAUAACCAGCCUAGAAUGUCACUUACACAACCGCUGUAACUUUGUCAUACGACUCCUAGCUGGACUCACUCUGGCGAAUUACUCAGUUGAAAGUGAUGGAGGCUGUUCUAAAAUUCCUGGAAAUAUUCUGGUUUUUGUCACACGAGCAACGUCUCCUACUUGACCCAAGUUACAGUGAGACCCCUGUUGCAAAAGCACAUCAUUUUCACAUCACUGCAACUUUGUUUUUGGUUCACUUGAAAAAAAAUGGCAUGAUGGGAAGAGUGCAAAGGAUCAUGGGUACAGUGUAUCACUGUCACCUUUUUUUCUUAUAAAAAAGCGAGUAACAGGAUUGGUCAGGGGUGUUUAGUUGUGGGACCUCUGAUUGGUCGGUAUCUGACGUGCUUCAUUUGCAUGGAAUUUUGAGAAUAAUGUGCAAGUAUGUAAAGUUGGAAGGAAAAUAUGGAAAUGUAUGAUAAUCAUGUGCGUGUUUUGUUUAAUAUCCUCCACGAGCAAUUUACAUGUAUGUGGUGGACUUUGUGCGCACAACACUGUUACAUGUAACUGUGCAUGUUGUUAAAAUGUACACGGGACAUAACCCACGUGUGAUAGGCUACAAUUAUGCACACAGAGUACACCUGGAACUAUUAGAAAAUAAUGUAAUCCAAAUUAUCAAGCGAAUUCGGUGUAAUCAACAGUAUGGGUCCCAGCUCUGGCGGUUUGGGACCUCGUCUCUGCAGACUUCUGGGAACUUCUUUAAAGUGACCUGGUAUCAUAUUUGAAGGUUGUAGCUCGAUAGGAAAACUAAGGUCGAAAGAAGAAUGAGGUUGGAACCGGCUGAAACCUUGCAUUGAGGAUAUAUGCAGUUGGGAUGGGUACCAGUUAGUUUGGUGACAUACCCGCUGGGUGUUACAGUUGUGCCAAUCUCCCCACUUAGCCACGUGUCAUUCUAGACACGUUGAUGCGUCACUCGUGUUGGGAAGAGAUCACGUAGUGUAUUAAAACAUGUUUCAGGGAGGACACGUCCUGUAAAUCACGUCUUUUUUGAGGGGUGGGGAUUUUAACAGAUACAUCUUUGUGCAAAAUCAGCCAAUACUGAGUGCGAAUCCCAUGUUUGUCUCCACAUGUUGGCAGUUCGAAUAAUGGAUCCUAUUCAGAUGUCAUUCCCCGUUGCCCCGCUAGGUAUUCCGUCAUGGGUGCAACGUUUUGAACGUGUUGUUAAUCUUAAAUGCAGAUUUUUUUUUCUUUCCUAAAGACUGGAGUCAUUGAGGUUUUGAGUUGAAACUAGGAAAAACAUUUUAAAAAAACUGAAUUACAAAAACGAUAUUUAUAACAUCAACACACAAAAUUCUCCCAAUGUGGAUUCCUUAAAUAGUUCUCCCAAUCUGUUUCCGACUUUCUCGCUGGUUUUUUUAUGUUCUGCGGACGUCAGACGCAAACAGUAUUACCACCAACGAGAACUGUGCGAACUGUAGAUAAAUCGGUUUGUUUCGGUCCAUGAAAAAUGCACAAACCUUGUCCAAUCCUCCAUCAUUAGAUUAUUUUAACAUCAGAGUUAAUGACUUAAUCAGUCUUAAAGAUCCAUAGUGAGCGUUGCAGUUACUGAAAUCCCCACCACAAAAUUUUAUAACCGCCCUUUGUAAUCGAUUUUUUAAUGGAAUUUUAACGAUUAUAGUUUUUAAUUGAUGGAUCGAGGUCCUUCAUUUAAUAAUUUGGAGUUUAAUCAUGGAAUUGGAAAUAGUGCAGUGAAAUUUUAAAUCUGGAGCUAGCACACAGGAUUCCAGUAUUUUUGUUCUCAUAAUUUUUACUUUUACCUUUUAUGGAUUUUAUCUCAAUCAUUUUGUCUUUAACGAAGUCCAUAAUUGCAGUCCAUUUUGUAUGAUUUUUAAUCUGAUUUGUUGAUGCUAUUUGAGCUAAUUCCUCCAAAACGCCAAGGUUUUCUGCCAUAGACUUUACUAAAGCUACUUCAGGAAAUUGUUUUGGUAAUGUAUUCAUUUGUUUUGGGUGGGGCACUGGGGACACUUGAAAAUGUCCAUUUCAUCCUUACCUAAAGGAUGAAAAAUUUAAAACCCUUUUAUGGACAUUUUAACGAAAAAAACACAGUGGUUUCGGCAGAAAUGGUCCAAACGAAGAAUUACGUUCCGUGCUCGAUUUUAAUAAUGUGCAUGUACCACCUGUUUCCGCAGGAUUUCAGCUGAAUCGCUGUAUUUCUUCACUUUAAAAACCAUUAAAAAAUGCGAAAGUAUCCAUUAAUUACUGUUUCCUCAGUAUUCGGGAUGGAAUUAUGUUUUGCUUUUCUUUCCUGCUCGAGUUUGUUUUUUACUACGCUUAUUGAUGAUUCCAAAAUCUUUCACGGAACAUUUUUCUUCGUUUUAAUUUUAGAAUUUGGCGGGGGAAAAUGUAACCAUUCGGAUUUUCCUACAAGCAUUAUGUAUUCAGAAGUCCAUAUUUGGUUUUAAAAUUAACAAAAAUAAUAGUUUAAGACCGAUUUUACAACCCCAGCGUACGAUACUUUCUGAGCCAUUUUAUGGAUAACCGACAGUGUCACCGUUAAAACUUUGCCAAAAGUUUCAAAGUGAGUCAAAUAACGAGGCCUACAUAAACCAGAUAAGAUGCAAUUUUUAUGCGCUGUAUUAUAUCAAUAUUGGGGAAAUAAUGCCAAACCCAAUGUGAAUUGGAUGGGUCUGUGUGUAGAAUUUAGAUGCAUAAUUAUUUGUAAUGUACAGUAGACCUGAAAAAAAUUGACCUCACAAGUGUAAAUAGGUAAGGCUGUUGCAGUCAAUUAUUAAAAUGACGAGGGUCUGGUGCCCGGCCCCUUGUGAGUUUUAAAAACUGCA